AUGGCGGUAUCUCCUUUGGUUUCCCACUCGCCCUCUGCGGCAAGUUCUUCUCCGGCCAAGUUAAGGGCUGCGAAUGUCCGGAGCUCAGCGAAGCCCGAGAACACAUCUUCACAUCAGCCCUCGCAAAACACAGAUCGUGAGCUUACAGAGCAACUAAACGACGAAGUAAGACAGAAGUAUGUUAAGGACAAGAGGCUUGGUGAGGGUACUUAUGCAGUUGUAUUCCUCGGCCGUCUUCGAACCGAUCCGUCGUCAUUCGUCGCUAUAAAGAAGAUUAAGGUCAAUGCCGAAUACAAAGAUGGGCUGUCCAUGGAUGCUAUCCGCGAAGUCAAAUAUCUGCAGGAACUCUCUCAUCCCAACAUCAUUGCGCUUCACGAUGUCUUCUCUUCCAAGGACCAGAAUCUUAACUUGGUAUUAGAAUUUCUGCCACUUGGUGAUCUUGAGAUGCUGAUUAAAGAUGGUAAUAUCCAUUAUGGUGCCGCCGAUAUCAAGGCGUGGAUGGGAAUGCUCGCUCGAGGAGUCUGGUUUUGCCAUGAAAACUUUAUAUUGCAUCGAGAUAUCAAGCCAAAUAACCUUCUGAUUGCGUCUGAUGGCGGAGUCAAACUCGCAGACUUUGGUCUGGCCAGGUCCUUUGCGGACCCUUAUAUGAACAUGACACACCAAGUUAUCACACGUUGGUAUCGACCUCCCGAAUUGCUCUACGGUGCUCGACAAUACUCUGGUGUCGUUGAUGUUUGGUCCAUGGGAAUGGUUUUCGCGGAACUUCUUCUCCGAGUCCCUUUUGUCGCCGGAAACACUGAUCUCGAUCAAAUCAGCAAGAUAUGUGAUGCCUUUGGUACACCCACUGAAGAGAACUGGCCGGGUGUCACAAAAUUACCAAACUAUAUCCCUCCCGACAGGAAUCACCUUGUCCCGACCCAGGGACGAGAUUUCUUCCUUCGUCAAUUUCCGAACGCCGGUCCAGUCGGUGCCGAUUUGCUCAUGUCCAUGUGUACGCUGGAUCCCAGGAAACGGAAAACCGCAUGCGAAGUCUUGCAGCAUAACUGGUGGACCAAUGAACCGCGGCCAACAGACAAACACGAUCUUCCCCGGAAGUCCGGAGGCACCAAGAAAAUGGGUGAUGAUCUUACAAGGCGUGGCGGGGAGAUUGAUGAAAAUGCAUUCAAGAAUGCUGCUCGCAAGUUAGACUUUUCUGCAAUAUAG